ACGGGCGCGGAACGGCAUGGCCACUCGCUAGCUCCCGUGUGCGGCGGCGCGAUCGAUACGCUUUUCCCCCCGACCGUACUGCACCUGCCGAGGGCUUACCGCGCGCGACCGAACCCAGAUAUCAAACAAAACCUAUCAGAUAAAUUAACUACAAACUUCGUUAUUAUUUUUUACUAUUGCGUUGCAAGGUUGCUUCGUCAUAUGUUUUGCUCAAGUCAUAAUAAUAUGUCAAUCUUCGCGUAGUGCGGUGGUACUCUGUAGCGACUAUAGCGCUGAACGAACAACAAAGAAGUGUGAAUCCUUUAAUAGUUCCCUGGACAGUGUGGUGCAGUGAUGGCUUCGAAGGUGUUGGUGCCGGGGCUUCCAUUCACUUCUCUCAAGGUGAAAAAGUCGCCACCUCCGGAACUUGGCGGCAAUGGCUUCUAUGUUGGUAACGGAGACUCUACCUCCAGGAUCGCGCACCUGGAGCACAGCGUCCGAUUCCUCCAGGAGCAGCACCGACAGAUGCUCAAUGGUCUCCACGCUGAAAUUGAAUCACUGAGAGAGAGGAAUAGAGAUCUCCAAUUCCAGCUGAUAUUCAACAAAGAGGCGCCAAAGUCGAGCGCGGGAAACGAGGACGGUGAAAAUGAGGUGACCGGACUGCGGCGCGAGGUGGAACGACUGGAACUCCAGGCAGACGAGGCGCGCGCCGAGGCUGACCUGCUGCGGAGGAAGACCGAGCAACUGCAGGAGAUCAUAGACGCACAGAACUUAAAACUUGAAGAAUUAGAAGGUCAGGGGCAGACUGAAGCGAACGACGGUCGCGCGGCUGAGGAAGUUAGCCGGGCGGAAUUGCGCGCGCGGCUGGGGGAAGCCGAGCGUCUGGUGCGGCGACUGCGCGCGGACGCCGAGCGGCAGCGGAGAGAGGUAGGCGGAGCGGGGGCGGCAGCGAGCGCGGGCGCAGGCGUCACCAACCUGCUGUUCGACAGUGCGGCCGCUCACCACGCGCACUUGCAGUGUAUGAAAAAUUCUUUAAUAAGAGCAAGCGGUAUGGAUCCAUUCGGGUUUCAAAGUUACCAGUACACUCAUCUGCACACGCCUGACUUCUGGAGAGAGCCUCUGCGAGACAGGGAGUAUAACACGGGGGCACGCGGCAGACACAGGAGGCCCAACACCUUGCCCGAAUUGUCAGCUGUCGGCCAACAGAUACGCUCAACUGGAUAUGCAAAUCAUUCACGGGGUCGAGGAUAUCCAGAAAGAUUGAAAAGGGCUCAAACAAUAAAUGGAGAACCUCGUAGCGGAAAAACUCCUGUCGAAUCAUCAGCUACCACCCCUCUAGAAACAUUUAAUACAAUAUCUUUAAAGAGAACGAAGGAAAAUAUUGACCAAGUUUUGAACACGUACCCAGAGCUAAAGAUUGUGGUGACUAAGUACAUACCACACGGAAACGUAGGUGCAUCAACAUCAACAUCGGCAGAGACGCGGUCGCGGGCGCGCCGAACGCAUCGCAAGCCCACCGUGGACGCCGAACAGACAUAGCCCCGUCCUCGCGUGUAGAGAUACUAGCGCCCUCUGUACUACCGCGCCCUCAGGCCUCUACUUAUUUAGUAUUGCAACGUUUGCAGUAAGCGAUAACCUAAAGGUGCGUACAGAUUGGUGCAACGUAGCAUGAAAUAUAUCAUGCAAUAAUAGAAUUCGCUGUACAUAAUGCUAUAUCAUGAAAGGUAGCACUUUUUGUAACAAUUUCUCAUAGUUGGGAAUUCUUGUAUGCGCAAGAUGAGCAUUUCACGCGCACGUUAUGUAUAACAAGCCACGUGCGGAGCGACCCGUGAUUUGUCGGUUUUUCGAACGAUCACAAAGAACGCGCGCUGCAGCAGCGUACGGUCGUUUCGGAAAUCAACACAUGCGCGCAACGAACAGGGAGGGAAAAAAGGACACUGCGUGUAGUGGAGGAGAGAAUAGAUGAGCGAGGGAUAGGUGCGUUCAGAGUUCGUGAAAAUUUGCGUAAUCGCGCAAAAUGAACUAUUUAAAAAACAUCUUAAGCGAGACGCGCGGUCGGAAAUCGCAAAGUUGAUGUCAAUGAUAGAAGGAAAAUGGAAUAACAAAAUUAUUAGUCUCUCUCUUCAUAAAUUCGUCGCGAAAACUAGAAGGAAAGAAAUCAAACGUAUUGGCGGCAGAAUGGCGGAAACGAACGUACUGGAGGUUACGUUGUGAAUAUGCGUCCACGCUUGCAGCGAUCGUGCAAUGCAAGGUAAAAUGAUACAUUCAUGUUACGUUUCUCCAGUCUGUACGAACCUUUAUAAACGCCCAAUAUUAUAUUGUCUUAGGCAGUCGAGACAUAUUCACGGUUUUAUUAUUAUGCUAUUUGAUAUUAUAUUUAUUUCGGUAUAUUAAGUUGUUGAUAUAACGAAUAAUAUACUGCGCUUGUUGCGCCUCACUCAUUGUUGGAAUAUUAGGUACCUAUAGUUUCAUUUAAUUUUUAGAAGUUGAAUCCUGCAAAUAUACGCCAUUUUGUACUUAACCAACUUUGUUGACAUUUAUUACGACAUUUAAUGUUUUUGUAAUUAUUCUGGCGCGUUGAAGUUAUAAGGUACCUAGCUACCUACCUAUAGAUACUAAUUAGUCUAAGGAAUGCUUUUAGUCUAAAUGUAGAUAGAAAAACAACCUAACUAAAAUUAAAAAGUUAGGUCGAAUGAAGUUGUUUUUGAAAUUUUAAUAUUUUACUAAGAUGUGCUAACCGUACAUAUAAGAACGUCCACCAAUAAUAGCAUUCCUCAAAAUGUUUAGUAAGCAUUUUUGUACUAUUCAUAAACCAAACGAAGAAUAAAUCGACAAAUGAUUAUUAAUUAAGAUAUUUCCUACUCGUAUUAUGUCAAUUUAGCAAGUGUACUGAUAUACUGAAAGACAGCUGAUGCAAUUUGAACAUUGUCUAUACUAAGCCCAUCGAGAAGAGAUAAAAAAUGUAAACAAACGGACCGUUACUGAGUUAUAUUGUCACAAAUACGGCUGAUUCGGACUCUUCCGACGUAUAAUCUUUGUCUAGUACAGACGACAGCUAUUAGAAUAGGGAUUCCAUAAUUUGUAUAUAAUCUAUUUAAAUUAAAAUGGUUUGAAGCCCUGAUACAUUGUUUACAUUAUUUAUCUUGUCUCGUUGACCUUACUAUUUAUUGGUAUAUUUAAUUUGUCAUCGCUGUGAUAUGGCCACUGACCUCUACUAUUUAUCUGGCGGCUGUCAAAGUGAUUUUGUGCCUUUUUGAUAUUCGCCAUUUUGGAGCUGAUGGCCAUAUAACGAGAGUCUGGUGCGACCUGUCAGUCAGUCUGGAUGAUCGCGGUGCUAAAACUAGUGAUAACAACCUUAGCUAAACAAAAAUCGAUAGGAAAACGAUUUAAGUACAAAAAAAUGUGUACUUUAUCACGUUGAUUCCUGAAGUAUAAAUAACACGGAAAACGACCGAAAUUAAUUCAAAAUGCAAUAAUACUUUAGAGUACUAUACGAUUCUCUCGCAGCCAUUUGUAUUAUACGUCAAAAUUAGUUCUUUGGCCGCUCGCGAGUGGCGCUUCAAAUUGGAACAAAAUAUUUGCUGUCAAACAUAAGGAACAGCCUGUCCAGUGGUAUUUAUACAGGUCAGUGGAUAUGGCAGUCAAUAACUUGUAUAACACGUGCCUAUAUAAGCAAUAUAUAACCGAUGUAGCUGCCUUAAUAUAUCUUGGAGCUGUAGCCAUGAACAAUGUUUAGACAAUGGACAAAUCUUGAAAUUUUAACAAAAGAAAGGUAUUGGUGUUAAUAAAAGAGAAUCUAGUUGCAAAAUAGUUAUAACAUCUACUGCAAUCGAGUACCUACCGCAAUGUAACGACUAAAUCAAUUUAAAUUUUUGUUUAAACAGUGUUCAUUGGCAGCUCUGGAAUUGAAGAUAUAUCUUUAUAGAAUAGUGUUUUGAAUUUUUUAAUAAUCAACACAUUUUUGUAUAGUAGGUUGACAAUUUACACGUUUUUCGGAUAUGACAUUAGAAUAAUACCUGUAAUAUGAAAUGCGUUUCAUUCUCCGGCCAUAUUGAUUUUCAUCUUCUUUGCGAGCGAUUAUCAUGGUUAUUUGCACCUUGGAUGCAGCAGUUCCAACCACGAUGUUCCCUUUCUACCAGGACUCCAUUGCCUUCUUGAUGAGUUGUAGCAGCUGGUACUUAUCAUGUCGUAUGAUAUGAACAAAGUCCUCCUCCUCUUCGCGUCGGUUUCCUCAGUGCUCAUCUCGACAGAGUACUUUUUUGCGUAUUAUUUGCCGCCAUCUGCCCCUGUCGGAAGCAGAGUGUAAAGCGUCGUGGACAGUGGUUUCAAGGGCAGUGCGAAUCUGAUCGGUCCAUCGCAUGGGGCUCCUUCCUCUUGGUCUUCUUCCCUCCACCUUCCCUGUUACCAUCAGUCUCUCCAGGUUGUCUUCAUCCCUUCUGGCGACGUGACCGAAGUAUUCUAGGACCCUACGCAAGCUGAUGGUAGAGAGCCUAGUCACAAUGCCCAGCUGUGUCAGGAUCGACACAUUAGUUCGUGGUGCUGUCCACGGUAUGCCCAACAUCCUUCUCCAGCACCAUAUUUCGAAAGCAUCGAUUCGUUUUCGGUCGGCUUUCUUUAAAGUGCAUGUUUCAGCGCCAUAUAUGAAAAUGGAAAACACCAGUGAUCGCACAAGAUUGGUCUUGGUUUUUAUGCUGAUGGUUCUACUCUUCCAUAUUUUCUCUAAUUGUGACAUGGCGCCUUUUGCCAUGCCGAUCCUACGACGAACCUCGCAAGAACCAUCGUUGCAGAUUUCAGAGCCCAGGUAUUUGAAUCUGUUGACCAUUUCUAAUUGUAGUCUUCCGGUAAGCUCCAACCUGCCAGACCGAUCCACAACCAUAACCUUAGUUUUAGACUUGUUUAUAGCGAGACCCAGCUCAGCGCUGACGCUCUCCUUCCUGCUGAACAAAGUAGCAGCUUCCAUUUCUUAAUAAGCUCUUUUUUCUUCCUUUCUCUCCUUCCUUUUCUUCGCUUUACGGCACCACCUUAAUCCUGCUAAAUAAGAUAUUCUCUAACUACCCUUUGGUGAUGGUUUAUUGUGGAUAUUAAGAAAGCACUACCUAUUGUAAACAUUAGUUCAUUAGGUAAUGUCUUUCAGUUUUGAUACUUUACCAAAUAUUUUUGAAAAUAUUUAUAGAAGUGGCUCAUCCGAUGUUUAGUGAGUAACGCUAAUUACAUAUUCUUUGGUAACGCUGCCAAUACCAUUGAAUGUUAUAAUGUGCUCAAUAGAUGGCUUAGAGAAUGUAACAUAUAUUCAUUCCAAUAAUUAGAUUUAAUUGUCUAGUACUGCCAUUUUUAAUAAAUUUUAUUAUUAAACGUGAAACUGUGACGGACAAAUUUGGUGCCUUUACAUGGCUAUUAAUCGUUAAUUCAUGGCAGAUUUUUCAUUUAGAUCUGAUGAAAUCUUUUAACUUCUUUCUUAGCAUAGAAAUUUACAGGUGAAGUAUAUGGUUAAGGUGAUUAAACAUAUAUAUAAUACUUACAUCCAUUUUGAGUCUGCUUACCUCUUGUUGUAAGUUACACAUUUACUAACUAUAAUAUACGAGUCUUGGCAAGGGCGGCAGAAUCUUUUUUGGGCACUUUGGGCUGCCAGCGCUUGGGUUACCUAGUGGUAACUGGUAAUAGGGCAAUAGCCCUAUUGAGGCCCGUAGAUAAUACGUACUUUGUACAUUAUUCCACGGGCAAAGUGUCUCGACACCAAACGGCACAAAGAUGUAAGACUCACUUAUAUACAGACCGACAACCCAUAUCCGCCCUUGCGAGACGAUUUUGUAAUACAAUAGCCGUGGUGUGUUUUCAAAUAUGCCCUAAUAAGUUUAAUAAUUUGCAAAAAUAAUUUAAAUCCCACAUUGCACUGUAUUUGUGAGAGUAUAAUAUACACAAAUGCUAUAUAUACCCUUACUGCAUUGUAAUCUAAACAUAUAUAGCGGAUAAUUACUCAGAAAUAUAUUAUAUUUAUUGCA